GGGCACCAGAGCGAAAUCGCGAAGUGCCAGGUUGUUAGUGCAAGGUUUGCCGUGCUCUUCUGUGAUAUCCUUAAUUAUCUUCAUCUUCAUUUUGGUGGUAUGUCCUGUUAGUCUUGCUGUAUUGAACAGUUGACCUCUCCGAUUCUCUUGUGAUUUUAUUGCCCCUCAAUGCCAGGUAAAGCCUAUUACGUUGUACUAACCCACGGACUGUGCACUAAACUGGGAAUUGAACCAUUCAUUUUACAAAUUUUGAACUUUACUAUGGUUUUAGAAACACAAUAUUCCUUAACAGUUUGUUCGCAGAGAAGCCUGCCCAGUCACUACCACCAUUUGGAGUUCCUAGGGAAGUGGGACAUGCUUUUUUCCUGUCACUCUUAAAUGGUGAACUGUUGCACAGUUCUUACAUCCUAAUUCACCUCCUUUUAUUUCCAGCCCUUUGUAUAUUUCUGUAAACAUAAAUGAUUGUUUUUCAUUCCAACAAUCUGGAAGCCCAAGAUUAUUUCUUCCUUUGAGUAGCAUGGUGGUUUUUCUUCAAAGAUGGGUUGUCCAACAGGUUAGAUGUGGCAGUCUGCUUCUGUAAGGAUCACACCCUUGGAAACCCUAUGGGACAAUUCUAAUCUGUCCUAUAGAGUCGCUAUGAGUCGGAAUCGACGCCACGGCAAUGUUUUUUUUUUCUUUCUUUUUUUAAUCAUUGUUUUCUGUCUCUGUUUUCACCUUUUCGACGUUCAAAAAACUUAAAUCACUGUCAUUUUGGCCUUUUACGGAUCAGAUUCUGAAAUACAAUUUUUUUGUUGUUAGCUGCCAGUCGUCUCACGGCAACCCCGUAUGUUACAGAGCAGAACGGCUCCACAGGAUUUUCUUGGCUGUAAUCUUUACGCAGCCGUCGGCUGCUAACUGACAGCACCCGCCGGCACCAUGUUCGGGUCCAGCCGAGGCGGCGUCCGCGGCGGCCAGGACCAGUUCAACUGGGAGGACGUGAAAACCGACAAGCAGCGGGAGAACUACCUGGGCAACUCGCUGAUGGCCCCGGUGGGCCGCUGGCAGAAGGGCCGGGACCUCACCUGGUACGCCAAGGACCGCGUGGGCCCGGUGGGGCUGAGCCGCGAGGACGAGCUGGCGGCCGUGCGGCAGGCCGAGCAGGAGGCCCUCAUGGCAGCCCGAGGCUACAAGAAUGUGAAGAAGCAGCCUACAGGCCUGAGCAAGGAGGACUUUGUCGAGGUCUGUAAGCGGGAAGGAGCUGACCCUGAGGACAAGGGUGUGGACCGGCUCCUGGGGCUCGGGAGCUCCAGUGGCUCCGCUGGCCGAGUGGUGCUGUCCAGAGAAGACAAGGAGGCUGCCAAGCUGGGGCUGUCGGUGUUCACACACCACAGAGUGGAGGGCAGCGGGACAGGGGCCUCCCCGGCCUCGGCCAGAAAGAAGCUGCACUCAGAGGAGAAGGUGGAGCCAUGCUCUGAGAACCACAAGAAAAGCAAGAAGGAGAAGAAGAAGAAGAAGAAGAAGAAGCACAAGAAAGAGAAGAAGAAAGAAAAGCAGCCCAAGAGGGAGGUGGCUGCUCCCUUCGUGGCCCCGUCUACUGCCAGGCAUGGACGCCACCGGCAUGACUCGGGUUCCUCAGCCAGCGACCACUCCCCCCGCUGCGGCAAGAGGAGGAAGUGGGGACACGGUGUAUGCAGCAGGAGGAGCCCCGAGGCCCGGAGACGGCAUCAUACAGACUCUGACCCCUGAGCCAGGUGCCCCUGCUGCACGGACCACCCCACGGCCCCUGGCUGUGAGCUCCGGGCCCCAAGGCCCGCCUCAGCCCACUUACUGUUCGGCUGUGACGACUGUGACCGAUGGGCUCCUGGUGGACACCUCUCCACCACCACAGGGAAUCACCUCUCUUCUCUGGGGUGAGGCUGGAGCUGGUCCUGCCCCUCAGAAUGGCACAGCCCCACUUCAGCCUGGGGAGCGGAGGGCGGAAGAGGCUUGCUUUGUGACAGUCACACCAAGGCCUUGGGAAGGGGAUCUGGUGAGCAAGCCUACCCAGCCCAGGGCAGCCCCGAGUCCAGCGGGGGCCUGACAGGCGAGGACCGCUGUCCGCCAGACCACGCUGCCUCCCCUGGCCUUCCGCCCUCCACCGCGGCUCCCAGGCUUGCUGUAGCAAAUACGAUUACCAUUUUCCUUUACCUUGAUUUGUUUUUUACUUAAAUAAAUUUAUUUUAAAAGAAAGUAUGUAUUGCUGGUAUCACACACGAUGAGAGUGGCCAUGUGACGGUGUUACUAGCUAGCGGCUGCCUGUGGAAGGGUCCCAUCCUGAGACUCCCCUAAGAGGGGUGUGAGCAGCACCAAGGGGAGACUGUCCUUCACGUAAUCAGAGGUGGGACUGCCCAAAGGGUGACUGGUGCCAGCACCCUGCCCGGACGUCCCGUGUAGGUCUG